AUGCAAUUUGUUACUUCUUGUAAAACUUGUGAUCGCUGCCAACGUUAUGAGAAACUGAAAACCCAAGCUCCGGAGCUUAAAUCAAUUAAAGUAAACAAGGCAUUAGAAUUGGUUGGAAUGGAUCUUAUUGGUAUGCUUCUAAAGAUACUUAAAUUCAACUUCACACCUUAAAUCAUGUGAAUGAAUUUGUGACAAAUCUGUUUUUGAAAUAUUAGUUUUUGGUAAAUCUGUAACUCAAAUGCCAAAUAGAAUACAUACGUGUUAGAAUACUUAAGGUGGCUCGAUAUAGUUAUCACGAAAACCCUGCUCAAGAAUCGCGAACUCAAAACCGGGUGACCAUUUUUACGCGCAGGUCGCGGAAACUGAUUAACAAAAUGACAGAACUUCCAAAAUGACCUGACGUAAGCAGCUGCUCGCGCCAUCUCACGUCAUUUCGCAUGUUCUAUAUAGCGUUUUAUGUCAAUUGCUGACGUCAUUAGAAUUUUCCAUUUUAGAAAAACAAUGCGCUAUAUCUCUUUAUUUUGUCUGGUGACCUAUGUUCAAAUUUUGCAUGCUGUAUUUCACCGCUAAAAACUUUCAUUAUACAAAAAAUAAAAAAAUUCUGUAAUGCCAAAAAAAUUUUACCGAAGAAUAUGACAUUUUCGCAUUUUCCAAAAAAAUGGCAUUACAGAAUUUUUUUAUAUUUUGGUAAUUGUUAGCUUUUCGUCCAAGUACAAUAAUGCAAGGAAAAAAAUUGGGGGUCACCAUGCUUCUUUUCCAACUAUACGAGACGAAAGGCCAUUUUGGAGUGUAUUUUGUACACGUAUGUCGUCAUAGCAACGAACUAUCUGUUACUAAAACUAAUAUAAUUUGAAAGUAGAGAUAUCGAAAUAUAGAAAAAACCCAAUAUCUGCUGAAUAUAUUCUAAAAAUGCAUAGUGUUGAACACCUGAAUUUUUGAAAACUGUAUCGAGCCACCUUAAGUAUUUCUAGACGUUGAUCUUAAUAUAAUUAUAUCUAUUUUUAUUAAAGAUUGUCAAAUUAUUUUUGUUAUAUUUUCAAGGGCCUCUUCCUACUACUGAU